GUUUGCUCGUAGCUUGAACUAAUCAGCGUGAUAGGAAGGGACAAUCCUGAACCGAGCUCAUUUCUGCCCUCCCUGCCGGAGAGAGUGUCCACUGGUGCCAAUGAAAGAAGUCAGCCGUAACUCGGGCAGUAUUUCAUAACUCGGGCUAACCAUCCUCCCACAUGCGCUGACACGUCUCCAGAUAUUACACACAUCCCGUCGGGUGGCGGAGGGAACCUUUACUAGGCUGGUUUGACACAUUGUGAAUACAUUCAAGAGACGCGCGGAGGGGGAAGAUGUUGCUGAAGGAGUACAGGAUAUGCAUGCCCCUCACAGUGGAGGAGUACCGGAUUGGGCAGCUGUACAUGAUCAGUAAACACAGCCAUGAGCAGAGUGACAGAGGGGAAGGAGUGGAGGUCGUCCAGAACGAACCAUAUGAAGACCCAGCACACGGCCAAGGACAGUUCACAGAGAAACGAGUCUACCUCAACAGUAAAUUACCCAGCUGGGCUCGAGCAGUGGUUCCUAAAAUCUUCUACGUGACGGAGAAAGCAUGGAACUACUAUCCUCACACCAUAACAGAAUACACAUGCUCAUUCCUGCCUAAGUUCUCCAUCCACAUAGAAACAAAAUACGAGGACAACAAAGGAUGCAAUGACAAUAUCUUUGACACAGAGCUGAAGGAUCAGGAGAGGGAGGUUUGUUUCGUCGACAUCGCCUACGAUGAGAUCCCUGAGCGCUACUAUAAAGAGUCUGAGGACUUGCGAUAUUUUAAGUCAGAUAAGACAUCACGAGGGAUUCUUCAGGAGGGCUGGAGGGACACCCAGGAUCCCAUCAUGUGCUCGUACAAACUGGUCACCGUCAAGUUUGAGGUGUGGGGUCUGCAGACACGUGUGGAGCAGUUCGUACACAAGGUGGUUCGGGAUGUGCUGCUGCUGGGACACAGACAGGCAUUUGCCUGGGUGGAUGAGUGGAUUGACAUGACAAUGGAUGAGGUGAGAGAGUUUGAGCGCGCCAUCCAGGAGGCCACCAACCAGAAGAUCGGGAUUUUUCCACCAUCGAUCUCCAUCAGCCAGACGCCCUUGUCCUCUUGUUCCCUCACCGGCCCUGCCAGCGCGCCCUCUACCCCCAUGUGCACUGAUGCACCCGAGUCCCUCUCUGUCCCCAAAGACCGACCCCGCAAAAAGUCUGCUCCAGAAACCCUGACCCUUCCUGACCCUGACCCAAGUGGUGUCCCCCAGGGCUCUAAUGUGAGCCCACUACCAGUUUCAAACCAUGUCCAAUCAUCCACACCUCUCUCCUCCAGCUCGGAUAUUGCUGAGAUGGACGAGCAGUAGAGGGACCUUGGGAUCUUCCCCACCCCGUGCUUUACUUAUUCCCCCAUUGUCUUAGUAGCCCAACCAGACUAGCCUAACCUCGAAACACCAGUGGCCAGACAUUCAAGUUCUCUAGCCAUAUCCAAUGAUUUGCCAUAAUCCUGGACACACAGCGGUCACAAUCACAAUAGAAGUCUACAUCAGUGUCACAGAUACCAUCCAGGCAGCUGUAGGCUUAGCCACCCUGAUGUGGCUGACAUCCUCUUCCUGUGAGUCUAGCCAGCCACACGUCUCAUCUAUUAUAACAGCCACCUGUGAUGUCUAAUCAAAACAAAUUACAUCCGUAAAUAUUUUUUGUUGAGCAGCAGUUCUUUGUUAUAUGAAUAAAUUAUUCUUACCUUAGUUAUGUUUCUUUUAAUCAGACGAGCUGAUUGCUUUGAAGCCGUUGAACUAUGAAGUAGUUGCCUUAGCACCACAGAGCCAGUGGUGUAUAUUAGUUUUCGAAAACGUGCGUAAAUUAAUGCCUGACAAAUAUUGUUAUUUUUUCGGCUGUCUGUAUUAAAUUAGAAAUUAAAAUCAAUGACACAUCCUAGAGUAGCACAGUAGACCUAAUAUGUAAAAGUACAACACACCAGAAAGUCAAAUAUCUUCACAGCAGAACCACUUAGCACCUAUUUUCUAAGCCGUCCAAACUGUCCUACGGAUCAGAUUGCACCCAUCCUUUCUCCCCCAAACUCCCAAUAAUAAAACACAUGCAAGAUCAGUACAAUCAGAGUUUACACCUCAGGUCUCCCCAACUCUACCUGGCUCACACUCCGAAAGCAGGGAUAUUACUGUACCUUUCUCUCCCUGCUUAUUGCCAAACAGCCACAUUUUAUACCUCCACAGAUAUUACAAUACAGCUACUAUUGUAUGUACAUUACCAGUCUACUUAACCCUUGGAAUGUUUACACAGCAGUAACCUUGGAGCGUUUGCAUAUUAGCAACGUAACGUUGUACCUUAAGCUGUUGUUAUAUCUGCACUUGCGGUUUUAGCAUGACAGUUAAAUGAUUCUAAAAUUAGAUUUGUUGAAGUUUAUUACUGCAUAUAUCCUACUCAAGUUGACUGAGAGGUCAGUACAACAACAAAAAAAACUAUGUAAAUGUUGCCUGAAACUAAUGCUGGACUUCUCAUGUGACAUAAACGUGAUCCAAUUUUAUCCAAUCAGCAAAUCACUUUAUUGUCAUACAUAGGAACAAUGCCAUUUUGGGGAGUUUUUAAGCAUUGACUGAUCUUUGUGCACAGUAGAGGUAAUGACAACUCGAAGCUUAAUUUGAGGACAAGGGCACAUGCAUCAAGCUGACUUGAGUAUGUUCUUUGUUAGCUGCAUCGUGUUUGCAAAAGUGCUGAUACUUUUAACUUUGCCAGUGCUGGUUGAUACUGAGCAAGUGCUUUGGUGAGUGCAGGAAAUGAUUUGGGAAUGGGAACAUCCUUUGCAGUGCCCCUUUAUUUGUGCUGGGGCUGCUAGUUAUCAUCUAAAGCCCAAAAGGAGAAAUAAAUACAGACAGCAAGUUAUUCUUUGAACCACCCUUUUCCACUUAAUAUUACUCAAAGAAAGGGUUUUUAUAUGCUGCAUGGAACAUAUAUACAUAUUAUGUGAAGUAUAUAUGUAUAUAUUGUAAAUGAAUGGAUCAGUACAGUAUAUUUGGUGAUGCAACUGUAUGAGAAAAAAAAUGAAUGCCAACUUUCGAAGCUCUGUACUAAUUUUGUAUAAUAGAAAAAGCAGAUUUUGAGUGAAACGUGAGCAUGCACAGAGAAUAUAGGCCUACCAACUCUUUCAACUCAGUGCCUCUGCAUGCAACUAUUGUAUCGUCACCUACAUGUGAGUAAACCAAAAUCUCUGAUAUUUCAUCAAUAGAAACACAGAAUUUCAUUGCAUUUCUUUGCCUGAUUUCCAUCUCAAAUGUUGCAUUUAAACAAGAAUUAAAUUGGGCUGCAGCCCCGUAAUACAGUCGCUGAACUACUAGAUAAUCAGAUCAAACUGCAUCAUCAGACUCAAGUAUCAGGGCUAACAUCUUGUUAUAUUUUAGUAAAUUAGUACAUUUUGUACAUUGUUUCCCUAUUCAUACCAGCUACUUCUAAUUUUACAGCGCAAAUGCAUUUUGCACUUUCCAGUCUUUGACACCUUAUUGGACAAUGAAGAAAUGUGUUACAUAACAGUCUUGUUAGGUUUGUUGGACCAAAGUUCUAUAAUACAACAUAGCGACUUUGGAGGGAGCAGUUUGAGGAGAGUCCUCAGUGGUCUUGCCAUAAAAUAUUGUUAAUAUUAUGUACAGUUUCUCACUUGCUUUUGUUAAAAAACAAAACAACUGUAGCUAUUUAUCUGUAACUGUAGCUUUUGUCUUUGCCUUUUGAGGAUAAAAUGUUAUAUACCAGUUACUGGCCCUCUGUAUCGAUCUAUUAUGUAUCGAUUAUACAUUCUCACAACUCUGGUCAUGACCAUCUCUCUUGUCAGGAACACAGAGAUCCAGGGAUAUGUUUGAUCUACCACGGGCUAUUAAAGAUAAUGCAAAAUAAUAUCCAAUUGUUAAUCUCUGCUCUGUUUAAAAGAGUAACAUUAGGUAUUGUAAAUACUGUUGUUAAUGACUGAUAUAGUAGGUUUCUUACAUUGCAUUUCUGAUGUGACAUGAAUGUGCUCAAAGAUUUCAGACAGACAGAAGGAUAUUCUUUAGUGUUGCGAUAGGGAUGACGUCUCCACAGACAUGAAUUAAAGGUUUGUUUUGAUAUGUCUUUAUCUAUGAAGUCAUUGUCAUCUAAUUGAUGAUACUGAAUUCCGUUACGUUUACUCUUCUCACUUGAGUAUUAAGAUUCCUCAUUGUAGUGGUGCACUUUGACUCUCCAGUUGCUUUUGGUGACCUUGCAGGGCAAAAUUAUUUGUACACGUUGUAAAACAAAAUGAAGCUUUUCUUUUUAGUGGGGUGGCUGCUUUGACGUUGACUUGCCAUGGUAAUUGAGAGGUGAUUGGCUUUUCUGUUGUUUUUUUUUUUUUUUAGUAAACCUGCUGUACUUUGAAUUUGUGGUUGCUGUAUUAUUUGAAGGAAAAUCUAAAUUAGUUUCACAUUCUUUCUUCGGAAAAAAGGACCAAGCUUUUCGCUCCUCCUCCCCUCCCCCUUAUGCAGAUGGCAUUCGGCCAGGCUGUUGUGCUGUUUCCUGAUAACUGGGACCUGUCUCAGCAACCAGGAUCACUGAGUAAGCUGUACUUCACUCCGUGUUGGAGAUCAGGUGUGGCUUUUGGCUCAUCCAGCUUUCUACAUUAAUCCUGCUGUAUGUAACAGGGCCCAGAAGUGCCAUUCGUGUUCGGCUGCUGGAAGUCGCUCUUAGUUCUUCCACUUUAUCUAUUAUUGUAUUUGUUAUAUUUUUACUUCCCUUUGAGGUUAAUUUAGCUCUUUGUUGUAAUUAUUGUUUUACUUUUUCUGAAAUCGACAAAUAAACUUUACUAGCUAUUGCAA